AUGGCCAACCGACAAAAACCGCGGUUCGCCGCUCCUCUGCCCCAAUCCCCUCGGUCCGACGUGCUCGAGUGGAAAUUCCCCAACCCGCACAGCCACCUCGUCCUCACAGGCCGAUCUCGAGCCGCCUGGCACACAUCCUUUAUCAUUCCCUCGCUCAAUCUUCUGCUAGAUGCCGGCCUCGUCGUCAACAACCAGCGUCCCAAGCACAUCUUCUUGACGCACGGCCACAGCGAUCACACGCUGUUGGCGCCGGCAUUCGUGAAGCGCGAUGAUCCGCCGGAUAUUUUCUGUCCCAUCGAGAUGAGGACUGCGUUUGACAAUUUCGUCCUUGCCAAGACGAUACUCAAUCUCGGAGGUGAAAUCGGGCCUGAAGACGCAGAUAUCCGGGGGCUUCCCAUCGACGACAAAAUAGUUGCAAGGAGCGAGGAAUUGGGCCGGACUCCCUCUUCUACGGCUUUUCUCAACACGCACUUCACUCACGGGUUAUCUCCCGGCGAUGUUGUGCCUCUCCGCCGCGCUCAGGGCAUCACGGCCACGGCUUUUCGCUGUGACCAUCAAGUUCCCUGCCUGGGCUACGUCUUUAGCAAAACUACGCAGCGUCUGAAACCCGAAUUCGCCUCUUUGCCGGGUUCUGAGCUUCAAGCACUGCGUAAGAGCGGCACCGAGCUCACGGCUCCUCAUACCACGCCUAUAUUUGCCUUCUUAGGCGAUACGACAGCACAGACGUUGGCUGCAGAACCAUCAUGGUUAAAAGAGGGAAUUCCCGUCGUCAUCACAGAGUGCAGUUUUCUCUAUGAAGAGCACGAAGCACAAGGCAUAAAGACAAAACACACGUUAUGGCGGGAUCUAGAAAAAGUCAUAAGAAAGUGGCCGGAGACGACCUUUGUCCUGACGCACUUCAGCAUGCGGUACAAUGACGCCGAAAUCGCGAAAUUCUUCAACGAAAUGCCUGAACCGCCAGAAAACAUGGUCGUGUGGGCAGAUUUGGAAUGCUGA